AUGCCGCAACAACAGCAAUCCAACGAAUACGAUAAUCCUCAAUUCUUUGAAAAAUACAAGGAAAUGGCCAGAAGCAAGUAUGGCCUUGCUGGUGCAGGUGAAUGGCACGAAUUGGAAAAGAUGCUUCCCGAUUUCAGCAACAAACGUGUGCUGGAUCUUGGUUGUGGCUACGGAUGGCACUGUCUCUAUGCGGCUGAGCAUGGCGCCAUUCAGGUCAUUGGUAUUGAUAGCUCCGUCAAGAUGAUUCAAGUGGCCAAAUCAAAGACGGAUUCACCUGUGAUCUCUUACCAUGUUCAGUCAAUGGAACAAGUCGACUACCCUGCUGAUUCAUUCGACGCCGUGAUUAGCUCCUUGGCCUUCCAUUAUGUUACUUCGUUUGAUGAUAUCUGUGUCAAGGUAAAGAAGGUUUUGGUGAAUGGCGGUGAUUUUGUAUUCUCUGUGGAAAAUCCCAUCUUUACGGCUUACGGAACGGGCGAUUGGUAUUACGAUGCUGAUGGAAAGCCUCUUCAUUGGCCUGUGGACCGUUAUUUUGAAGAAGGCGUAAGAAAGGCACAUUUCUUGGGCCAAGACGUGCACAAGUAUCAUAAAACAAUGAGCACCUACAUCAACACACUUGUCAAGCAUGGCUUCAGCAUUACCAAAGUGGUGGAGCCAUUGCCAGAAGAGAGCAUGAUUGCCUCCAUGCCUGAUGAAUCAAGAAGACCCAUGAUGCUGUUGAUUUCUGCUAAAUUAUAA